CAUCACGCAGCAAUAAUGAAUGGAAACGCACUGUAGCCAAGGAAGUUUCGCUGCGUUCAAGUCACUGUUAAGGUUUAGACCCUGAGCCUAUACUUAUAAAAAAAACAACCGAAUUUCUGUGUGAAGAAUGGACUGGCCAGGCAAAACCGAGACUAUUCUUUGGAAUCGUAAACAAUUAUAUUGCGAGUGUUACUUUUUUUGAUAGUGCGUUUCGGGGGACAUAUUGGACAGUCUAUGAUAGGCUACUGUAGCCUGAUGUGAUUGUGUUACAUUUAUAUGAAAGUAAUGCGCUGUCAGCUUUUUUCCUUGUUUUCCACACAUGGAGGUAAUGCGUUGUUGAACAAUAUUAUUUCCUUUGGAAUACCUUGAAAGAGUUGUAGGAUUUUUUUUCAACCAGUUGGAGGAACUCGACCAGUUGAGAAAUGGGGAAUAUUGAGAGUGUGGAUGGGCACUCGGAGAUGAAGCCUCACAUCAUGCCCCUGAAGGUCCCUAUGCCCGAUUCCACAGAGUUGGAGGAGAAGUUUGCUAUUGUUUUGAAUUCCAUGAAUCUACCUCCAGACAAAGCAAGACUUCUAAGACAGUAUGACAACGAGAAGAAGUGGGACCUUAUAUGUGACCAGGAGAGAUUUCAAGUAAAGAACCCGCCACACACAUACAUCCAGAAGCUACGCAGCUACCUAGAUCCUGGAGUCACCCGAAAGAAGUUCCGAAGGCGGGUCCAAGAAUCCACUAAAGUCUUGCGGGAGUUGGAGAUCUCUCUGCGGACCAACCACAUCGGGUGGGUCAGAGAGUUCCUCAACGAUGAGAACCGAGGUCUUGACAUCUUGGUGGAGUACCUCUCCUUUGCCCAGUGUGCUGUUAUGUUGAAUUUUGAGGGUCUGGAGGUGGGGGAGGACGGGCCACUGGAGAUGAGUAAGUCCUGGAGCAGGUCCAUCGAGGAUCUGCACCAGACGGGCAGCCAGCCCUUCUGCAACACCCUGGUGCGCUCGGCCCGCCAGUCCGUCCUGCGAUAUGGCUCGGUGACGAACACCAAAACCAUCAAGAACUCCCGUCUAGUCAGCCAGAAGGACGAUGUACACGUGUGCAUCAUGUGCCUGAGAGCCAUCAUGAACUACCAGUACGGCUUCAACAUGGUCAUGUCCCAUCCGCAUGCUGUCAACGAGAUCGCUCUCAGCCUGAACAAUAAGAACUCGAGGACGAAAGCGCUGGUGUUGGAGCUGCUGGCCGCCGUCUGUCUGGUCAGAGGAGGCCACGAAAUCAUCCUCUCAGCGUUCGAUAACUUUAAAGAGGUGUGUAAGGAGAAGCAGCGAUUCGAGAGGCUGAUGGAUUACUUUCGCUCUGAGGAAGCAAACAUUGACUUCAUGGUGGCCUGCAUGCAGUUCAUCAACAUCAUGGUCCACUCGGUGGAGGACAUGAACUUCAGGGUCCACCUGCAGUACGAGUUCACUAAGCUGGGCCUGGACGACUACUUGGAGAAAUCGAAGCACACAGAGAGCGACAAGCUGUCGGUGCAGAUCCAGGCCUACCUUGACAACGUGUUCGACGUCGGCGGUCUACUGGAAGAUGCAGAAACUAAGAACGCAGCGCUGGAGAAGGUGGACGAGCUCGAGGAGCACCUGUCCCACGUGACGGAGAAGCUGCUGGACUUGGAGAAUGAGACCAUGAUGAAAGUAGCAGACCUGGAGAAGAUUGUCCUUCAAAAGGAUAAGGAACUACACGUAAUGCGGGAAACCUCUGAGUCGACCAGCACCCAGGUGAGCACCCUGAGGAGGAUGAUCAAGGAGAAGGACGCGGCCUACCAGAGACACUUCAGCAUCGAGAAGCGGCUGAUGGAGCUGGAGCAACAGGGCACCAUCCGCCUGCACAAGAAACCCGACGGCGACAUCGCCAUCGAGCCGCUAGCCAGCGGCGCCUGCGGAGGCGGAGUCCCGGGCGGCGCCGGUAUCCCUGGCGACCGUGGCCUCGGGUUCCCGCUGGGCGGCGGCGGACAGUCGCUGCUGCUGCCGGAGCCUCCUGUCGAGCGAACGGCGACAGAGGGCGUCGACCCCAGUUUACCCCCCGCCAGCGAGGCUCCGCCCCCGCCGCCUCCUCCACCCCCGCCGCCUCCACCGCUUCCCUCGGCCACAGGCAUCCCGUGUGCACCAGGGCCGCCCCCACCUCCACCUCUGCCGGACGGUUCUCGCUCCUUCCCCAUACUGAGUUUGGGCCUGUCAGCGAUCAGAAUCAAGAAGCCAAUCAAAACCAAGUUCCGCUUGCCAAUCUUCAACUGGACGGCGCUCAAGCCCAAUCAGAUCAACGGCACCGUCUUCAACGAGAUUGACGACGAGCGCGUCCUGGAGGAGUUGGACCUAGAGAGGUUUGAGGAGCUGUUCAAGACCAGAGCCCAGGUGGCUACGGUGGAUCUGUCCAGCACUACAAACAAGGUGGCCAACAAGGCUGUGAACAAAAUCACCCUGCUGGACGCCAAUCGCUCCAAGAACCUGGCCAUCACACUGAGAAAGGCCAACAAGAAGCCUGAGGAGAUCUGCAAAGCCAUAGAGAAGUUCGACCUGAAGGCCCUGCCCGUGGACUUCGUGGAGUGCCUGAUGCGCUUCCUGCCCACGGAGGCCGAGGUGAAGGUGCUGCGGCAGUACGAGCGCGAGCGGCGCCCGCUGGACCAGCUGGCGGAGGAGGACCGCUUCAUGAUGCUCUUCAGUAAGAUCGAGAGGCUCACGCAGCGCAUGAACAUCAUCACCUUCGUGGGGAACUUCUCCGACAGCAUCACCAUGCUGACGCCGCAGCUCAACGCCGUGAUCGCCGCCUCCGGCUCCGUCAAGUCCUCGUCCAAGUUGAGGAGGAUGCUUGAGAUCAUCCUAGCCCUGGGCAACUACAUGAACAGCAGCAAAAGAGGCUCAGUGUAUGGCUUUAAACUGCAGAGUCUGGAUCUGCUGUUGGACACCAAGUCGACAGACAGGAAGAUGACCCUGCUCCACUACAUCGCGCUCAUCGUCAAGGAGAAGUACUCGGACCUGGCAAACUUCUACAGCGAGCUGCACUAUGUGGACAAGGCAGCAGCAGUGUCCCUGGAGAACGUGCUGCUGGACGUGCGGGAGCUGGGCAAGGGCAUGGACCUGAUCAAGAGGGAGUGCAGCCGGCACGACCACCCGGUGCUCAAGGCCUUCCUGCACUCCAGCGACGCCCUGCUGGACAAGCUGCAGAAGGACGCCAAGGCAUCGGAGGAGGCCUUCAACAAUGUGGUGAACUUCUUUGGCGAGAGCUCAAAGACGACUCCCCCGUCUGUGUUCUUCCCCGUGUUCGUGAGGUUCAUCAAAGCUUACAAGGAUGCAGUGGAGGAAAACCAGCAGAGGAAAAAGCAGGAGGAAGCCUUGAGAGAGAAGUUACUGGCGCAGGAGGCUAAACAGCACGACCCCAAGGUCCAGGCCCACAAGAAGAAGCAGCAGCAGCAGGAGCUGAUCGCAGAGCUGAGGAAGCGGCAGGCUAAAGAGCACCGGCCCGUGUACGAGGGCAAGGACGGGACCAUAGAGGACAUCAUCACAGAUCUCAGAAACCAGCCGUUCCUGAGAGCCGACGCCUUGCUGCGGAGCGGCUGGAAGAGGCCUUAAACCACCUGUGUGUCCCCCAACACUUAUAACCCCCGCCUCCCCAGACCACCUCCCCUGUGCCCUGUGUCCUGGUGGGGGUCCCCGUACCCCAGACAACCUCCCCUGUGCCCUGUGUCCUGGUGGGAUCCCCGUACCCCAGACCAAUACCCUGCCCUGAACCCCACGCCUGAGGCAACAGAGAGACUGGAAGUGAUGACCGGGGGCAUCAAACCCAUGACAUAGUGCCGUCUGGGUAUUUAUUUAUUUAUGGAGAUACUUCUGCAGGAAUAAUUACAGCGACUGCAUUGGGCCGACUUUCCUUUCUCGCUCCAAAGAUAGACUCUAACAUCGCCAUGGGCUCAGUUAGACGGACUGCACGAGAUCCUGCUGGACCUUGGCACUGGGAUCAAGGCAGUGUAUGAAACCCUAAUUAAAGAGGGUUACAUACACUAUUUAAAGAGGGCUUCAUGCAGGUGUGGUCAGUCUGGACUCCGUUGGCCAAAGCAGGAAGGACAAUGCUUCUACCCAAAAGUGCCUGCAAAACAUUCCUAAAGCCAUAACGUCGGGCCGGGCAUGAACCCGGCUUGCUGACACAUAUGCUAACUCUUAAAGGAGAACUCUUGCUCUGACGAGGCUGGAUCUUUCUUUCCUCUGAAUAUCCAAGAAGAUCACGAGUAACAGAGAACGUGGAACGACUUUUGGAAGGACUUGAGAUUGAGCACACCGUCGACAACAGAACAGAGACUUGGAGUUGUUUGCAUUCCUAGUUUCAAUAUUGUACGCUUCCAUCGGUCCUUUGGACUGCUAGCCAAACCAAACAUGCUUUCAUGUCUUACUUUUGUCAAAAGUGCCUUUCGUAACGACAGUAUUAUUUUCAUUAAGUCAGCCAUAACGUGUAUCUUUGAAGUCUUAAAUGCAAUUUCCUUUUUACUAUGGCAUGAACACUAAAAAUAUAAUCAACAUACAAAGGUUAAAAAUAUGAAAGUUAAAUGGAGGAAAGGUCAGGGGAAAGAGCUUUUUAAUUUGCCUCUUUGCAAUCAAUUUGGUGUUCUGUUUUGAAGGAAGAUGUUAAAAACUGUCAUGUAUCUGAACUUUAUAAAUAUAUGUAUAUAUAUAUUUGACAACACUUUCUGUCAAACUUAGGAAGUGACACAAGAAUGAAGAUUAUUUGAUAUAGACUGCUGUUUUAUAAGUCAGAGGUGGAUAAAUUGUAAAUGCAGUGGAUGAAGGAUAUUUCUAUUAUAAUCAUGCAGGUUGGGAUGUCUUGGUGCUUCUAUUGUACAUCAGAUCAAUUCCCUCUUAAAAGCAUCGAGUAGCAAAAUGAUUGUGCACUUUGAGAAUUAUUUUUGUGUUCUAGUAUGGAACUGUCAAUAGAGCGACCAAAUGUACACUACUCCGUUUGCCUUAACCUUGUUUUAGACAUUAUUUGAAGUGGAAAUGUCCUGGGCCAAAUACAUGCAAAUCAAUGAAUGAAGAAAAAAGCGACUUUCUUUGAAAUUGAAAUAAAGUGAAAUGCUUGCAUUUCUCUUUUCCUUAACAAUCAGUCAAUCUAUACGAGAACUUUAAAAAAUAUAUCUUUCUGAUGGACAUAUAAAAUAAAAAAUAUAUAAAGCAGAAGGUGGGACAUUCAAACAUUUCUACAAAUUCACAUUUUAUUUCCGAAAUUUGUGGUUAUGAGUUAUAUAUUCAAUGGUAAUUCACUGAUGUUUUGCUCCAGCCAUGAUGACAGAAGCCAUUCUAUUUCAAAUGAAGGUCAGAGUCCUCAUACAUUUCUACUAUAAAAAUCCAUUUAAUUUCUUAUAUCAAAAAAAUCAAAAUUAACCAAAAUUAAAACAAACAACUAAACCAAAAA